AUAUAAACCAAGGUCUGACAUCUUGCAAAGUUGGGCAACCCCUACAUUGGCUUUGGUGGACAGGAUCUGAUCCCAAGGACUGUUACCUCUUUCUCACGUGCAGAUCAUCUAAAAAGUGCAAUCAUGGCUAAGAACUGCCACAACGACUAUAAAAUGAAGUUCUCUCUGGAGGAGGAGUACCCUGACCUCUCUCAGCACAACAACCACAUGGCCAAGGCACUGACCAAGGACAUCUAUGACAAGCUGAGGAGCAAGUCUACCCCAAGUGGCUUCACUCUGGAUGACGUCAUCCAGACCGGUGUGGACAACCCUGGCCACCCCUUUAUCAUGACUGUCGGCUGCGUUGCCGGUGAUGAGGAGUCCUAUGAGGUCUUCAAGGAUCUCCUUGACCCAGUCAUCUCCGACCGUCAUGGUGGCUACAAGCCCACUGACAAGCACAAGACUGAUCUGAACUGGGAAAACCUGAAGGGUGGUGAUGAUCUUGACCCCAACUAUGUUCUGAGCAGCCGUGUGCGUACUGGCCGCAGCAUCAAGGGAUUCACCCUGCCCCCCCACAACAGCCGUGGCGAGCGCAGAGCUGUGGAGAAGCUGUCCAUUGAGGCUCUGGCCAGCCUGGAUGGUGAGUUAAAGGGCAAGUACUACCCCCUGAAGGACAUGACCGACAAGGAGCAGGAGCAGCUGAUCGCUGACCACUUCCUGUUUGACAAGCCUGUCUCUCCCCUGCUGCUGGCUGCUGGCAUGGCCCGUGACUGGCCUGAUGCAAGAGGAAUCUGGCACAACGACAACAAGACCUUCCUGGUCUGGGUAAACGAGGAGGACCAUCUCCGUGUCAUCUCCAUGCAGAAGGGUGGCAACAUGAAGGAGGUCUUCAAGAGGUUCUGCGUUGGUCUCCAGAGGAUUGAGGAAAUCUUCAAGAAGCACAACCAUGGAUUCAUGUGGAAUGAGCAUCUUGGUUACAUCCUUACCUGCCCAUCUAACCUGGGUACUGGCCUGCGUGGUGGUGUGCACGUCAAGCUGCCCAAGCUCAGCACACACGCCAAGUUUGAGGAGAUUCUGACCAGACUCCGUCUGCAGAAGCGUGGCACAGGUGGUGUGGACACUGCUUCCGUCGGUGGUGUGUUUGACAUCUCCAACGCUGACCGUCUGGGUUCCUCCGAAGUGGCGCAGGUGCAGCUUGUGGUCGACGGUGUGAAGCUCAUGAUUGAGAUGGAGAAGAAGCUGGAGAAGGGCGAGUCCAUCGACGGCAUGAUCCCUGCCCAGAAGUAAAGUGGAAAUAGUGCUUUGUUUUUGUUUUGUAUUCAUUCUUAUGAGAAACCUUGGCAUCACGCAGGAAAAAUGCUCUCGUCUGACUUUUCCAAGAGACUCUCCUCCCUGCUCCCUCUCAUUCUUCCUUUUUAAUCCUUUCUCUCUAUCCUGUCGCCUUCAACUUUUUCUUUUGCCCUCCUUUUUACUGUCACCCUUACCAUCUUUCCCGUUCUUUCUGUAACAUCUUGGGAUCAAAUCACCGCAUAGCCUGGGAACUCUGACUAUGCUGUCUUCACCUAAACAUUUUUUUGGUUGUACAAAUUGAGUAAAUAAAAAGCCCCAUGUAACAAUCAA